AUGGCCGAGUAUGUUGCUUUCGUUUUUAAUUGUAUUUCAUUCGACUAUGAAAAGACACUGUCGUACUUUAUUCUCAACAACUUCCAAUUGAACCAGGAUUGGUAUGUGUGUCCAAACAAUGUCAGUUAUCAUAUUGGAGUUGAGCACAAAUUUUGGGGUGCCACAAUUUUUUGCAUGGGUGUCUUCAUCUUGACACUCUACACGGUGUGCCUUCUUGCCAUCGGCUCAAGCCCCCAAAUGAAAACUCCGGCUUACAAAAUCAUGAUGUUUCUCGGAAUUUGCGAUGUCAUCUCAGUGCUCAUCGACUCUAUUGCCAACGGUAUUUUCGCGUUUUAUGGUGUCACUUAUUGCAACUACCCGACACUGAUUUAUGUGCUCGGAGCAUUCAGUUUGAGCACGUGGAUGGGAUGUUGCGCGUCGAGUUUGGUGCUCGCCGUGAUUCGUGUGUCGGAUCUGAACUCUACGAACACAUUCAAAAAAAGCUUCGAUGGAGGGAAAAUCAAUUAUGUGCUUUUGGUCUGCUUUGCCUAUGUGUUUUAUGGAACGUUUUUCACAAAACCAGUCAUCUACAACACUGGAUACAUGACAUGGGUUUUUGACCCGAAUAUUGGAAAAAGUUCGUCCAACUACGUGAACUACAUCCACAUUUCCAAUAACUCAAUGGUGGCAAUUUUAAGUAUUUCGUUCUAUGGAUACCUUGCCUCUAUUUACUUGAGGGGAAACUCCACUGCUAAUGCAUCGAAAAAGUUGUCGAAUAUGCAAAUCAAGAUUUUAUUGCAAUCCUUCCUAUUCUGCUUUUUCCAUUCCGUCAGUGCACUUUUGUAUGCGUACAUGCAACUUUUCGUCGGCACAAGCACACUUAUUCUAAUUGGACAUCUGACUUGGAUAUGUGAUAGUGGCUCCGUGUGCAUUGUCUAUUUGACACUCAACAGAACAAUCAGGCAGUCCGUAAAAAGAUUGAUAUGCCCGGGAAGUCAGAAAGUGAUUCAAGUCAGCAGUUUGUCCAAUCGUUGA